AUGAACAACAACAAGGAUGUGGGUUCUAUUCACAGGCCACCUAUGCUUGAUGGAACAAAUUAUGACUACUGGAAGACUCGCAUGAUUGCAUUUCUUCGAUCUAUUGAUGAUGGAAGGGUGUACAAGUCGGUGCUCAAAGGAUGGACUCAUCCAGUGCAAACCAAGGAAGGAACCACAACUAUUGAACUCAAACUUGAAGUAGAUUGGAGCAAGACUGAAGAUGAAGAAGCUGCUGCAAACUCUAAGGCUCUUAAUGCUAUUUUCAAUGGUGUUGACAAGAACAUGUUCAGGCUGAUUCAUACUUGUACUACUGCUAAGGAUGCUUGGGAGAUUCUCAAGAUGAAGGAGGAAGAAACAAUCUCCGAGUUUCAUAUGUGUGUGCGUGAUAUGGCAAAUGCAUCUUUUGCACUAGGAGAACCCAUGACAGAUGAGAAAUUGGUCAGAAAAAUCCUUAGGUCUCUACCUAAGAAAUUUGACAUGAAGGUCACUGCUAUUGAUGAGGCACAAGACAUUAGUAGCGUCAAAGUGGAUGAACUAAUUGGGUCAUUACAAACCUUUGAAAUGUCCAUCAAUGAUAGGUCUGAGAAAAAGAACAGGAGCAUAACUUUUGUGUCAAAUAUGGGAAAAGGAAGUCAGAAUUGUGGAGACGCAAAUGAAAAUCUGGAAGAAGCACUAGCCUUGUGUUGCAACAGCAAAACCGCCAGGGAUGUGAAAGGACUGGGAUAUGUGAGUGACUCUACACCAGAUGAUGACAAGAAGGUCACUCAUCAGUUUGUACCUGCUAAAAGGAAAACUGAAUUUCACAUGUCAAGCCAGAUGCCACAACAUGGUGUCAAACAUGUGCAUUCUCAGAUUCCAUAUGCUUAUCCUCAAGCACAGAAAAUAAACAAAACCGGAUGGAAAUGUCACCAUUGCGGGAGGUAUGGCCACAUAAAACCUUAUUGCUACAGGCUACAUGGGUUUUCAAAAAGAAGUUCAGCUAAAUUUAACUCUAAUGAGUUAAAGAAGAAGAAGUGGAAGCCUAAGAUCAACACAUCUGCUCUAGUUGCAUAUACCUCUCUGAGAGCUUCUUCAAAAGAGGAUUGGUAUUAUGAUAGUGGGUGUUCCAGGCAUAUGACUGGAGUAAAGAAUUAUCUUGGUGAUGUAAAACCACACUCCACCAGUUAUGUUACUUUUGGUGAUGGUGCUCAAGGAAAAAUCAAAGGAUCCGGAAAGCUUGUUAGUAGUGGAUCUCCAGAGCUGGAUGAUGUCUUGCUAGUAGAAGGCCUGGCAGCAAAUCUGAUAAGCAUAAGUCAGCUAUGUGACUUGGAUCUAGAUGUUACAUUCUGCAAAACUGGAUGUCAAGUAACAGAUGGAAAUGGUGAAGUUGUCAUGAGAGGUGCAAGGUCAAAGGAUAAUUGCUUCAUGUGGAUCUCACAGUACAAAUCUAUGUCCUCAAGGUGUUUUGUAAGACCCACAUUUCAGACUUGGAUUUAA